CUGCCGAAUCCAUGUGCUUUUACAGAAUUUGCGUGGUCAUCAUGGUCUCAAUGUUGACAGAGGCUGGCAAUCUUCCAAUGGAAGGAGGAAUUCCUUCCCGCGCAAGGAGCUAAGACCCACCAAAAUCGCAACGUACUCCUGUCAAAUAACUGGCGGGAUCAUGGCUAAAAUAUAAAUCAAGGACUGGCCUUCCCGCCUCCUGGUGUCUCCUGUCCCCUCUUCCCCUCUCAUGGAGGUGGAGCCUCCACCCGAGAACUACCACGGCGACCCCUCCGCUCCCGGCGGCCUGGGAUACUUCCACCUCCGCCUCCUCGGCCCCGCCGCGUCACUCCUCCUGCUCCGCUCCGACCGCCUCUACUCCCUCUCCUUCUCCCGCCGCCAAGGUCACCGCCUCCGCCUUCUCGCGUCCCCUGCCAGUCGCCACCUCAGCCGGCGCCGCCGCGAACUUCUCCUCAGCACCUCUGGCUGCGUCUUGCGCUUCACCCACUACUUCUCCUGCCCCGACGCCGUGCGCGUCAACGGCCAGCCACUCCACAGCGGCGGCGGCCCUGCCGAUCUGGCCGUCGGCGACGAGGUGUCGCUGCUGCUCCUUGGCGCCAGGUACGGAUUCGUGGCAGAGAAAUUCGUCUCUUGCGAAAGGGGUGAGAAGGCGGCGGGGCUCCGCGAGGAGGUUCUUGUGCUGAAGGCCGAGUCGCUCCGGAAGCGGCUAAGGGCGAUAUCAGAGAGCCAUGACCCUCUUUCUUUCUUUGGGGGUCCCCAUUGUUUAACGGGCGAUAGUGCAGAUGCUGAGGUGAAAAAAGAAAGACAAGGAGAUGGUUUCUUGUGCCUGGACAAUCCAAUUAAUCCCGUUCCUCAGAACUUCCCGAAGGAGAUUACUGAAGAGAAAUUGCUGCGAGAAGAAUGCAAUCUUGACAAGGACAAAUUGGAACACCACUCUGAAGUUGCAGAUAACGAUCCUGUUGAGUCGUCUCAAAGGAGCAAAGGAUACAACAACGGGAGUGUAGAGCAUCACACUGAGGGUUGCUACUCAGAUGGGAGCAAGAUCUUUCUGAACCGCCUUACCGGCAUCAGACCUGACAUACGAGCCGAAGAACACAGUGAAGUGACACUUCCACAGCUUCUCCACCCCAUUGGCAGCUUAUUGCGCGUAUUUAUCACAACAUUCACCUCCGACAUUUGCUGGUUCCUGGACUAUUGUAACAUUCCCCAGCACCUGCCAGUAACAAUAGCAUGCCACAACAAGGAGAGAUGCUGGAGUGCGAGCCGUGAGAGUAGAAUGGCAGCCCCUUUUGUAAACCAUCCUAAUGUACUAUUAGUUUACCCGCAAUUCCCGGAAGUGAUAGCAUUUGGAAAGGAUAGGAAGAAGCAAGGAGUUGCAUGCCACCAUCCAAAGCUCAUUGUUUUACAGAGGGAAGACAGCAUGCGUGUGAUCAUUACUUCAGCUAAUUUAGUACCUAGACAGUGGCAUCUCAUAACAAAUACAGUGUGGUGGCAAGACUUCCCCUGUAGGACAUCCCCGGAUUAUUCAGCCAUUUUUAGUGCAGUUGAGGAACCCAAAUCUGAUUUUGCAGUUCAGUUAGUUUCAUUCAUAGGAUCCCUUAUCAAUGAAGUCCCUAGCCAAGCAUAUUGGAUAAAUGAGAUAGCUAAGUAUAAUUUUGAAGGCGCUGGUGGGUACCUUGUUGCUUCAGUUCCAGGGUUGUAUAUGCCAAGUCCGUGCUAUUUGGAGUCCAAUUAUUGCCUUUCAGAAAAACAUAUUUUACAUACAAAAUCUGCACACAAAAUGUUUCUUGGUUCUGUCCAAACAUCUGUAGUUGGUUUAUCCCACCGGUUUCACAUACCAUCUGAUGCUGGCUCUCAACUGAAAGCCUUGUCUCUAUUUCUUGGAAAAUGCCGUGAGAACAUGCAUGGAACUACAGAAGUGAUCUUGAAAAGGAAUACAAAUAUUCCUGCAGAUGCUAACGCUGUGAGUGUCCUUGUUGGUGAUCUGGAUAAAUUUUCUGAAGAAGCAGAUUCAGUCCAACUUGGUUUCUUGCCUAGAGAGGUCGCAAAAUGGGUAUCACCGCUUGGUGACCUGGGUUUAUUCAGAUUUUCUGCAUUUAUCUACCCCAGAGAAGCCCUGGAAGCCGCAUUUGGAGUAACUAACACAAAAGUUCAGUUGCUUCUGUAUGUAGCAAAGGGUCCAGAGUUCUCUCAAAUUUCAGCACUGAUCUGCGAUGAGCAUCUCCCUCCAUUGUGCUCGCUGGUCACAUCCUUGAAGCGGAGCCAUGGGCUUUGGCGUUUAGAAGAGGUGCUAUCACAAUUUAAGUGGCCUGAAACACUCGAGACUGAUUUUGUGUACAGUGCUUCAUCCAUUGGAACUUCUAUUAAUCCACAGUUCAUUGCAAACUUUGCUUCAGCUACUGGUAAACGAUCCAAUCAUGAUUUUGACUCUGAAGAAUCAGAUCCGGAGUGGGGUUGCUGGACAGCAGGCCAUGAGCGAAACAAACCAUCAAUCAGUCUGUUAUUUCCAACAAUUGAGAGGGUGAAAAGUGCGGCUUGUGGAGUUCAGUUGUCCAGAUAUUUGCUUUCUCUACCUGAGAAAACAUGGCAAAUAUUGGGAUCUACCGGUAUAUUUCACGAUGCAAUCCCACAUCCACACGACAGGAUAGGGCAUCCUAUGCAUGUUAAGGUUGCUCAGAGACGCUUUCAAUCUCGGCGAGGUGGCCACUCGUUUGGCUGGACGUACUGUGGGUCUCACAAUUUCAGUCCAGCUGCCUGGGGACAACCGUUACGCCCUCCACCCAAAGCGAAUCCUACUGAAGUCACCAGAGCAGCUUCUUCUGGGCCAAGGCUACAUAUUUGCAACUAUGAGCUGGGAAUCAUCCUCAUUGUCCCGCCGCCAGGUAUGUCAAAGGUCAGUGGAGGAAAGCAUGGGAUCGACAACAUCACCCUGCCAUUUGUCAUCCCUGCACCGCGGUAUCAGCAUAGCGAUAGGCCCGCAACACCGCUGGCUAUGCAAGAAGCCAUGGCUGAAGCAUGUAUUCCUCAGAGCAACGAUUUCUCAGAAGAGACUGACGAGGAAAUACCAGAUGAAGAUGAUGAGCAUGUGGUUGAGCUAUCUGACUGUUGUCCUGAAGAUAAGGAAGAGGAGAAGAUUUACGCAGAGACGCUAUGGGGGCAGGUGUAUUCUUCACAGAGCCAGGGAAAAGAUUCAUGACACUGGAGGCUGGCCCUGCAGUCUUGCACAGAAAUGCAGCUCUAUAGUUCACUGGAAGGGCUUUCAAGGUUAGCAUGCUUGAGGUUCACAGUUCAUGAGGUGAGAGGUUCCAAAACUUCUUUGAAGAUGCAAAAUUGCAGGUGAGAGUCAAUUAAUAUUUCUGAACUAAAGCAAAUAAUUGUCAUUGGUUCUCAAUUCAAGAGGCGGGCAUAAUUUGUUUGAUGAUUAGCUGCCCCAGUAAACAGCAUUAUUUUUAUUGAGGGCUAGCUGGUUCAGUUACCAUUAAUUGUUGUCGAAAUAUUACAUGUAUUUAGACGCUUUUUAAGAAUAGAGACAUCCAUACUUGGACAAAUUUGAGACAAAAAUUUAGGAUUGGAGGGAUUAUUUUUCAUGUUUUACUAAGAAACAUUGAAACA